UCGACCCUCUCCAGUCCUCGUUCCCAUGGACGGACAGCCUCCUCAGGAGGAGGACUUCUCUUCCCUCUCUAUUGAAGACCGCCUCGCUCACAAAAAUUGGAAGGCUCGCGUCAACGCUUAUGAAGCCCUCAUCAAGACUUUCCAAUUCUCAUCCUCCGACACUGAUCCCGCUUUCAAACCAUUCCUUAACAAUCCCGAUACACUCAAGAAGAUCGCAACGGACUCUAAUGCUGUGGCCCAGGAGAAGGGUGUUGAAUGUUUGGUGGCAUUGGUCAAGUUCGCCGGCGAGAAUGCUGCGAAGACGAGGGAGGUAGUGGUACCUGCAUUGGUCGACAAGUGCUUAGGUUCAACGAGGGCGGGAACGAAGAAUCAGGCUUUAGAGCUGGCCCUGCAGUAUGUUGAAGUAGAGAACACGGGUGCGGGUGUCGUGGAAAACAUUCUAGCGGGCCUUGCAGCCAAGCAACCCAAGAUCGUGGCCGGAACUGUACUUGUUUUGAAGGAGGUCAUUCGUCAGUUCGGAAUUCAAGUCACGCCACCAGCUCCCGUUCUCAAGUCCCUACCGAAGAUUUUUGGGCACUCUGACAAGACUGUUCGUGCCGAAGGGACAGGUCUGACGCAUGCGUUGUAUCAGUAUCUCGGGGCUGGCAUCGAGCCAUGGCUCAACGAUUUGAAGCCCGUGCAAGUGAAGGAGUUGAAGGAGGCUUGGGAAGGAAUGGAGAAGGAAGGGCAGGGCAAGGGGAGUCUCAAACCAGCACGGAUGACGCGACAGCACGCUCGUGAGGCAGAAGAGCGUGAAGCGGCUGGAGGUGACGAUGCUGGAGAUGAACCUGCUGAAGAAGGUGCUCCCGUCGAUUUGCGAGCAUUAGCCGAAGAGGAGGACAUCGUGCCGAGGCUUCCAGCGAAUCUCAGUGGGAACCUGGCUUCAUCGAAAUGGAAAGAGCGCAAGGAAGCACUCGACGAUCUUCUUACCCUUGUCAACGCGACCCAGCGAAUCAAAGACGCACCAGAACUUGGAGACCUGUCCAAAACUUUGGCUUCAAAAGUUCAGAGCGAUGCAAAUAUCAACUGUGUUAUGGUUGCAGCUCAAUGCAUCGAAGGACUAGCAACGGCUAUAAUGGGUUCAUACGGACGGUAUAGGGAGAGUGUCGUACCUCCGAUGCUGGAACGAUUGAAAGAAAGGAAAGCAACGGUCACUGACACCAUUGGUGGAGCCCUGGAUGCAGUGUUUGCAACGACGACCCUGUCUGAUAUUGUAGGAGAUCUUAUGCCCGUCAUGUCUCACAAGAAUCCCCAAGUCAAGGAAGGAUCGCUCAAAUUCCUCACACGAUGUCUCUCUACGUCGACUCAGCCUUUACCUCCCCCUCAGCUCAAACCGUUAUCAGAAGCACUCGCACACCUACUCGAGGAUUCCUUCGCUGGCGCUCGUGAUGAAGCUGCAUCAGCACUAGGCACACUAAUGAAGAUGGUCGGAGAGCGACCGUUGGCCGCCCUCAUGGAUGGUCUCGCUGAUGUACGGAAAGCGAAGGUCAAGGAAGCUUACGAGAAGGCGACGGUGAAAGCGAAGGCUGGGGGUCCUCCGAAACCAUCCGCACCACCUCCGGCAGUGAAGGAGCCUCCAAAGAAGAAAGCACCGCCACCGAAGAAGGUCGAGGCACAACCUCCGUCAGAUGCUCUUGAAGAAGAACCCAUUUCGCCUCCAAAGAAAGGUCCUCCAGCACGAUUUCUCGCGAAGAAGGGCCCCGCCGCGGCGGCCUCUGCACCGGCAGCGGCUGCACCUGCGCCAGCGAAGAAGCCCCCACCAGCUGCUGCAGCAGCUGCAGCCGCAGCCGCGUCUUCCAAGCCGGCGAAGGGUGGUGCUGCUCCUGCUCCCGGCACUCUGGACACCUUCAAGUUCAAGCAUACGCCUGACGAUGCUGAAGCUCUCGCUGCCGACCUCAUUCCGCCGAGCAUCGCCAAGGAUUUCGUCGAUUCAAACUGGAAGACAAGGCUCGCUGCGUUGGAGGAGAUGACAACAUGGGUCGAGAGCUCCGCCCAGGACCUUGAUGCCGAAGUCGUAGUUCGUUUCCUGGCGAAGAAAGGUUGGAGUGAGAAGAACUUCCAGGUUUCUGCGAAGCUCUACGGUAUUCUGGUAUUGCUCGCGGAACAGUGUCCUUCAUUUGGCCGAUCGUGUGGUGCUUUAUCGAUACCUCAUCUUUCUGAGAAACUGGGUGAUAUGAAGCUCAAGAAACCAGCUGGAGACACCUUACUCGUGUACGCCGAGAAGACGUCUCUGCAAUUCGUUCUCGGUCAAGCCUAUGAACCAUUGGCGAAGACGAAGGCGCCCAAGGCUUUGGCCGAUGCUGUGGGAUGGAUCGAGUCCGCUCUGAUCGAGUUCGGCAUCGCGGGGUUGAGCCUUCGCAGUCUUGUCGAAUUCCUGAAGGGCGCGCUAAAGAACUCUAAUGCCGCUGUCCGAACAAGCGCGACUAAAGCUGUCGUCACUGUCAGAAUCUUUGCGGGCCCAAGCAUCAAGGACCUCCUUGAGGACCUGAACCCUCAGCUCCUAGCCACAAUUCACAGUGAACUGGACAAAGUCGAUGGCCAAUCUCCUCCGGAGCCUACACGCGUGUCGGCUGAUGUCGUGAACAUGGCCCCGCAAGGCGGUUCAUCCGCGAAAGGUGGCGCCGCUGCUGCAGACCCUCUGGACGAGCUCUUCCCCCGCGUGGAGAUCGAUGGUCUACUGAAGGGUACGACUAUUCUAGCCGACGCCAAGAGCGAUGCUUGGAAGACGAAGAAAGAAGCCCUGGAAACUCUGCAGGCGAUCUUGGACCAAGGGGCUAACAAACGUCUGAAACCGCAGAUGGGCGAGAUUGGUACAGUGUUGAAGUCUCGAAUCACCGACACGAAUAAGGCCGUUCAAACGCUCGCGCUGGAUAUUGUGGCCAGAAUCGCUACGGGAAUGGGCAAGCCGUUCGAGAAACAAACCAAGUUCUUCGUUGUUCCCGUUGCCUCCGUUCUUUCUGAUCAAAAAGCUCCUAUUCGCGCAUCAGCACUCACCACGCUCACUGCUAUUGCGACCGCCUGCGAGGGUAUGGACCCCUUGGUUCACUGGCUUACCACCGCUCUCGAAGUCAAUAACCCCGUCCAGCGCUCUAACCUUCUCAAUUGGAUUGCUGGGUGGUUCAAGGAGCAUGAAAUGACUCCUGGAAUCGACUUGGGUAGCUGGUUGGCGACUGUAGUGUCUUGUCUCGACGAUCGAAGUGCAGACGUUCGGAAAGGAGCUCAAGCAGUAUUACCCUUCCUCAUCGCAUCCGCCGGCUUCGACAAAGUUAUGGCGCAGACAAACAACCUCAAGCCUGCCUCGAAGGCGUCCGCCGUCCCUUUCAUCAACGCUGCUCGUGCAUCUGCCCCUUCAUCGUCUGCCCCGAGCGCAGCGCCAGCAGCCGCCGCACCUGCUCCAGCGAAGCCCGCUCCAGCUGCCAAAGCUGCUCCAAACAAGCCUGUCAUGCCUUCAUCUCCCCCUUCGUCAGGAGCAGGUACUCUCCCUCCAUCACCAACAACCGCUGCGCCGCCCACGUCAAAGAUGGCUCCUGCUGGCAAGCUCACAGGGAUCCGCCGCAAGCUUCCUCAAGGCACGAUAUCGCGUCCUGAGUCGCGAGCUGAGAGUGUUGACGAGGCUCCCACAUCACGGCUUCCUGGGAAACCAGGCCCUGGGUUCGGUCUGCGCCGCCCUGGUAUGCCAGUUCCAUCGGCUCUCAAGACAGCCCCGCCACCUGCCGCAGCAAUAUCGCCUCCCCCAGCGAUGACAGGUGAUAUGGCCUUCACCGGCAUGAACGUGGACGCGAAAAGGUCACGUCUUGCUAAGGAUCCCGGCAAGUGGAUCAAUGAGGCUGGGACGACACGAAAGGACCUUGCUGACCUCUUACAGCACCAAAUGGAGCCCUAUGCGUCGAAAGAUCUGGUCGGACAGUUGUUUAGUACCGACCACAAUGCUGUCAAUGACCACGUCGCCGGUUUGGCCACUAUCGCAGAGUUCUACAGCGACCUUCAGGCAGGAGACGAGAGGUUCGGGCUAUCCGAUGAGGACCUCAAGACGGUUGGCAUCGCCAAUUCUGAUCUUGCCCUCAAAUACGUGUCCAUCAAAGCUCACGAACCACAGUCCAAUCUCAUAGCGAAGUCUCUGGACGCCGUCGAUUCCGUACUCGCUUUCCUACGAUCAAUCGACUAUCAGCUCUCCGACAACGAAGCAUUGUGUUUCAUUCCGACUAUGGUCUACAAACUCGGAGACGCGAGGGAACCUGUUCGCGUCCGCGUCCAGCAGAUAAUUCAGUCGUUACCAAAAGUUUACGCAUACAGCCGGGUUUUCCAGCUGCUCCUCGAACAUGGUCUCAAACACAAGGUAGCCAAAACACGGCAGGGUACAUUAGACGAGCUCGCUGGCAUUCUGAAACGGUUUGGACUGGGCGCGUGCGACCCUCCCAAAGCAUGCCCCGUGCUGGCUUCAAUGAUCGCUGACAAGGACCCCAGCGUGCGCAAAGCGUCCCUUGGAGCACUUGGCGAGGUAUUCAGUCUGGUAGGGGAGAAAAUUUGGUCGAUGGUCGGACCACUCUCACCGAAAGACAAGACACAACUUGAGGAACGACUUCGUCGUGUCUCAGGGCCUAGCUCCCCGGAAAGACCGGGAACUUCCAUGUCUACUGCCCCUUCUCAAGUUUCUCGUCUAGCCACAGCAAUUGCGAAACCAUCUUCACCAUCUGCCCCUGCUACCAGUCGGUUUGGAGCCUUGCCACGGCCCUCGAGUCCCUCUGCUGGUCCUUCUCGCCUCGCCCGUCCAUCUUCCCCAGCUGCAAGGUCCACGUCACCAGCUCCAUCACAGAUGUCACGGCCUUUGUCACACCUCCCUGGCCCAUCAUCCCCAUCCUCUCGCGGCAAAACUCUGUUGCCUUCGCGGCUAGGUCAACCCAGAGCUCGAACAUCCACCUUACGAUCACACCUUCCUGCUCCCUCUCACGUUGAGGCUCCUCCCGACGAAGACGAUUAUACCCCUCCUGUCCGAAAUGGAGCACCUUCCAAGGGCGCAAACAUCGAGUCGUGGCGUAGCAAACAGCCCGAAGAAGAACUUGAUACACCGCCCGAGAUGCCACCAUCAUCGUCCAACGACAUCACUCUGACGAUUUCAAGUGUACUCAGCAGCGAUUCGGACCGGAGUGUCGAUGCACUGAAGAAGAUACAAAAGGUCCUUCAGUUAGGCCCGGAUGCUGGACCUUCAUCGUCGACGUAUCGUGAUCUCGCAGAACACACAGAAGGCCUCAUCGAGACUGUUACACUUCAGAUAGCCCAUGCUUUCGAGCACCCGGAAAGUAACAUUCGACUAGCUAAGCACCUCAUUCAGACACUCAAUGCGUUCUGCGACAACCCAUUGCUUGCGGAAUCCCUCACGGUGGACAUAUUGACUGCGCUCCUCGAGGAGCUUGCCAUUCGGCUCCUACAAACGGACGAUAGCAAGGACGCCGAGGUCAAGAAUCUCUCGCGAUUCAUCAAUAUGAUCAUGCUCCGUAUGUUCUCGACAGGAAGGCGAAUAACGGUUUUCAGAUCCUUGUUCGCUCUCCUCUUGCAGAUCGUGAAGCCCUUCCCUGCCAACGGCACGCUCUCCGAUUCACAAGAGGCGAAAGUGGCAGAACUAGUGCUCAAGUGCAUCUGGAAGUUGGCUAGAAACAUUCCGCAGGAUUUGACGGAGCUGAAGCUUGACCCGGUCGAACUCUUCCCUGCGGUCGAACAUUUCCUGCAGUCUAUUCCUCCCAACGAGUGGCGAGCGAGGGCGACCAAUCGCGUGCCUUGUGGCGACAUGCCGCUGAGGACCAUCAAAGUCAUCAUUCAGCAUGUUGUCGCACACUAUGCAGACGACGUGUACGACAUUCUGUCCAACUCAUUCGAUGACCCGUCUGCGACGAUUGUGUACCCAUACGUCUACCGAAUACUCAACGCCGCAGCCUCGAAAGAGGCCUCCGCACCACCUCGAACCAACGGAAGAAACGGCAACGGCCAUGCUCAGGUGCACAAGUUCUCCCACAGUCGUCCUAUGUCCAUGGUCAGCGGAGCCUCUGCUAGCCGUCCAGCGUCGCCUUUGGAGACUGCAUCCUCGGUCACUUCAGGGGAAGUCCGACAGUCAUCGCCCAGCCAUCAUAGCAGGUCCUCGAUAAACGGCAUGGUAUCGCCACCAACUGACGAGCCAGAUCCCGACGCUCAACUGCUUAUCAUUUUGGGCCACAUAUCGAGCGAAACCACGGGGGCGAUGCACAAGGAGGGCAUAACAGAGUUGCAUCAGUUCUUGAAGGCCUAUCCGCACAAGAAGCCAAAGGUCGACAAGAUGCUGGAGGCAACUGGACCUGCAUUCCGUAAGUAUAUAUCGCGAGCGCUGGCUAGUCGGGCAGCCGACGACGAGGAGAGAGAUGUCGCUGUAGCUGAUACCCUAUCGAAACUGGAGUCGAAAGCGACCACACCUGUAUCUCCAACACGUCCCGACUCCUUACAAGUACCCAUGUCGCCCACUUCGACAACAGGCGGCGACUCACAUGACCAGCAGGAGAAGCUUUCACGACUACACAAUUUGUUCCAAUACCGUCAGAGCUCGGCUAGCAACGGCUCCUCGCAAGGUCGGCCGCCUGCCUCUUCUGUUUCACGACCCACGCCUUAGAAGGUUGUUCUGUACCCACUGUAUUAGCUCGUAACUGUAACCUCGAUUAUGUGUUAUACUGUCUUUUUGUUCCCUUUGUUCCUUCUCCUUCGCUUUUGGGUGUUACAGAUUGACAUUGAUUCAUUACCAUGGCUGUUUCUCUUCGUUUUAUUACAACCAUAUUAUGCCAUUUUAUGAUAUAUACCGUGCGUCAAAUAAUCAGAGGAUACAUGCAUGCUCC